UUUUAUUGAGUCCUAUUUUCGCGUUGUCAUGCAUACUUUCUCGCAAGUAGUGAAAUUCAUCGUUAGUCCGUAUAUAAUAAGAACGAACCAAAAGGCUCGCACAUAAGUUAUUCAUGACUGGAACUCUGCAGAGAGAAAUUGUGAAUUAUUAUUAAUCAUGUUGAUUAAAUUGUGUUGAAUUAAAAUUUAAUUCUAUGGUCCUUAAUAGUUUUUUUUUUAUCAAGAAGAAAGUGCAGUGGAUAUUGAAAUUCUGAGAGCAAAAUAGCGUAUCUCAUUUCGUUUGUAAUACCUACUAUCUAUUCAAGCACUUCCUCUAAGGUCUCAUUGACUUUAUAGACUGGUCAGUUUAUUUUGGUGCCUGAUUACAAGAGUUUAGUGUCGCAAAAAUAAAAAAGUGUUGCAAAGAUUGUCUUUUUAUUUAUGGUGAAAGAAUUCUUCAGUUAUCUGGAUAAAAAUGCAUACAGAAGUGUUAAUCAAUGAAGAUUUUCAGCUGAUUGUAACCUAACUCUCUUUGGUCUUAAAGAUUAUUUAAGGUAUCUCAAUCUCUUAAAAAAUGGACGAACAGGGAUUUCGAGAUUUUGGAAGAGCAGUAAUAGAUUACAUAAUUAAUUAUAAUGAGACGCUGAGGCAUAAAAAAGUCCUACCAGAUGUAGCACCAGGAUAUCUUAGUCGUUUGAUACCGAAUGAGGCACCUGAUAAAGGAGAAUCCUGGCAAGAUGUUCUCCGGGAUGUCGAAAGAGUAAUCAUGCCAGGGAUGACACACUGGCACUCGCCACAAUUUCAUGCCUUUUAUCCUGCUGGGAGUUCAUAUCCAUCUAUAGUGGGUGAAAUGUUAAGUGCUGGAAUCGGAUGUGUUGGGUUUUCCUGGAUUAGUGCCCCAGCUUGUACAGAACUUGAAGUGGUUACUAUGAAUUGGUUAGGAAAAUUAUUAGAUUUGCCGAAGGAAUUUCUAAAUUGCAGUGAAGGUCCAGGAGGUGGUGUUAUUCAGACAUCUGCUAGUGAAACGAUAUUCGUUGUAUUAUUGGCUGCAAGAGAACGUACAGUCCGACGUUUGAAAAAUAUAUAUCCUGAUUUGGACGAAGCACUAAUAAGAACUAAGUUGGUGGCUUAUACUUCUGAUCAAUCAAAUUCUUCAGUAGAAAAAAGUGGACUUUUAGGAGCAAUGCCAAUGAGGCUUUUACCAACAGAUGAAAAAUGUUGUUUGCGAGGAGAAACUUUAUUAAAAGCUAUUGAAAAAGACAGAGAAGCUGGGCUAAUUCCUUGCUAUGUAGUUGCCACUUUGGGAACCACUGGCACUUGUGCUUUUGAUAAUCUGGACGAGAUUGGUCCAAUUUGUAAUGAAAAUAAAGUAUGGCUUCAUAUUGAUGCAGCUUAUGCAGGUGCAGCAUUCGUUUGCCCUGAAUUUCGAUAUUUAAUGUCGGGUGUGCAAUACGCUGAUUCCUUCGAUUUUAACCCUCACAAGUGGCUACUUGUCAAUUUUGACUGCUCAGCGCUCUGGAUUAAAGAUGCCAACUGGCUCACAGAUACUUUCAAUGUCGAUAGAAUUUAUUUAGCCCAUGACAACCAAGGAUCAGCUCCGGAUUAUAGGCACUGGCAGAUUCAACUCUCUCGUCGUUUUCGAUCCAUGAAAUUAUGGUUUGUAUUACGAUUAUAUGGAGUGGAGGGACUCCAAAAGUAUAUUCGAUAUUCGGUUAAAUUGGCUCGAUUAUUUGAGGAACUUGUUAGAUCGGAUGACAGAUUUGAAGUCGUUACCGAAGCUGUCAUGGCUAUUUGUUGCUUCAGAAUGAAGGGUGAUAACUCAUUUACGAAAGAACUUUUCGAUCGAUUAACAGCAAGGAGAAAUAUUUAUGUAACCGCUGCUUUCAGUCAAAAAUUGAUGGUAAUAAGAUUCGUAGUUUGUAGUGAAUUUUCUCAAGAGGGCGAUAUUCAUUUCGCCUUUAAUGAAAUUUGUAAAGAGGCAACUGAAAUUCUUCCCAAAAAAACACUCGCUGUCAAAAUUCAAAUUUGCGAAAACCGAACACCAGAAGAAGAGAAUGAACAAAUUGCACUGCAGCUGAACCAGAAACUUAAGCAAAAGAAAGUUAUUAAAAGAUUAGAUAAUAAAGUUUAGAUGAAUUUAUGUUCAUGCAUGAAUAAUGGAUGUAUUGUUAUAAUGAUUCCAAAAAGUAAAGGAAUUUGAUUGUUGCUAUAUUUCUAUAUUAAAUUAACUAGAAAAUUUUAUCUAUUAGAAUUAAGGAGUGGAUCAGAGCCAUGGUGAUAGUAGCUGCGUUCAUCAGCUAACUUCACUCUUAUCCAUUCCCUGAUUAUAAUUAUACUGAAAUUAUAACUAAUUUUAUUAUACGUAUUUAAAUGUAAUAAUAAACACAAAAGAAAAUA